AAAAAGUUGAGCUGACAACGUUGUUGACUCGACUUGGUCUUGGAGAGUAGACUAUACCGUGAAAACAGAGAAGAGAGAACGUUUUCUAGAUUUUGAGGUUGACUUAAUAUUCGGGAAACUCGUUUUAAGUCCCGAAAUGGCCGCAGGAAUGUGCGUUUAUUUGAUGAUAAGGAGGAAGAAAACGACAAUAUUUACUGAUGCUAAAGAAACCACAAAUGUAUCUGAGUUGAAAAAAAUCAUCCAAGGAAUAACCAAGAUUGCACCAGAAAGCCAACGUUUGUUUAAAGAUGAUCGGGUCAUGGAAGAUAAUCGUUGUUUGGCAGACUAUGGAUUAAUUUCAACAACUGCUAGAGCCCAAAGUCCUGCAUCCCUCAGCUUGGCCUAUCGAUUGGAUAAUGGAGAGUUUGAAACAGUCGACAUAACACCCCUUUCGUCGCCUCCCGAGCUACCCGAUGUGAUGAAAGGUCAAGAGGCUACCCAUGAAACUUCAGCCAAUUAAUGGGCAACAUUUAAAAGAAUAAUUGGAAGCCAUCAACUGAGUGUUAACAAAUUAAAAAUUGUCUACCUUUGUAACACCUUAUUGUCGAGCCCAACCCCGUUAUCUUUUCCACCUUUCUAAUACUAUCAUAAUUCCUCAUUUUCCUCUCAAGAAAGAAACGUUGAAGAAAGAACGCAGACACGUGGCAGUACGGUAUUACUUCAUGGCUUGCUUUCACCUUGGUAUAUUUUGAUUCAUAAUUGAUUGAUCAAGAAAACAUUCGAAAGGUUAUAUAAAUAAACAGGAGUUCACAUGACAA